UCAAAUGCAGGUUCGAGAGAGUAGAACUCUGCACACUUCUAUGUGUCGAGCAGAUAGGAAUUAUUACUACAUACCUACCUAUCCCAAAGAUGAUCCAGUGCGAGAUGAACCAAGGACAGAGCUCAUUGAAUCAAAGGAAGAUUUUAAAUUUGUAGAAAGAUUACUUCCUUCAAUGCAGAUCCCUGCUGUUCCCAAUCAUUCACAAUAUCCUACUCCUUCAGGCUGGUCACCACCAUCAGGUCCAGCAUCAGAUGUACCAUACAGUGUUAGCAGGACACGGUAUCAUCAGAUACCUGUUUUCACAGAAACUAAGAAAACUACACAACACUGGACACUGGUCAAGAACAUCAAGGGAGAUAUUUGGUUUUUGGCUGAAGCCCUUAGAGAGCACUUAGAGAAACAACAAGGAAAAGAUAUACCAGUAACAGUCAAUGAAGUCACCAUGAAAAUUCGUUACAAAGGACUCUAUGAAGACCAAGUCAAGCAAUGGCUUAUUGAGAAAGGAUUCUAAGACUGCUCUUGAAGGGAACAGUUAAGUGGUAAUAGACUCUGACACUGGGGAGACUAGUUGAUGAAGAUAAAAUGAUGUGCUGAACGAAAGAAUUUCAAGGAUUCCAAAUUUAUUUAGAUCUGAGAUUCAUUCAUCUUUAAGACUAUGACAUGCUUUGUCUUAAUGUGCUAUUCCAGCUUUGUGGAUGCAGGUUUCAAUUAAGUGACAAAAACUUAGUGAGAUUAAUUGUGGAGGAGUGUCAAAAUCUUUGUUGAAGACCUUUGUGUAGGAGUCCACUUACACAAUCCAGAGUCUGACAUCUUCGGAAGAAAGUCUGACGACAUUAUGUAAUUUACCUUGCUGUUUGCCAACAAGUUACACUAAAUGAUAAAGGUGAUUGAUGAUCAUGCAUUAGAACAAAAGACAAUGAUGCAAUGGAUUUAUCUUCAAACAGUUGCUUUAGUGUAAUAGCAAUUAUGUGUAUGAUGGUUCUUUUUUUCAUACCAUAAAAGGAAUAACUUUUUAAUAUGCAUUCAGAUUUAAAUAAAAUGUGUGUAACAGCCAAUAUUAUUUAAAACAAAAAAAAUGUGUACUGUCCAUUUGAUAUAUUGAUGAUGUCUCAAUAUUGAUAAGAUAGUGGGAUUGUUUGUUAAGUUCUAGACUAAUCUGACUUGACUGCAUCUGUGCAAUUAUGUUAAUAUAUUGAAGUAUACAUUGGAACAAUUACUGGUAUAUUAUACUACAUCAGAUUUGCACUUACAGCUGAGUCUGCCUAAGUUGAAUCUCUUAAACCAUAUAUAUCUGUUCGACUUAGGCAAAAUCAGACUACAUGCUUUUCAUAAUCUUCUUAUCGCAAAGAGUUUAAUGUAGCUUAAAGGCGUGCUUAAAUGGCAAUGUGCACUCGGUAUCUAAUGUGUAACCUCAUUAAUGACUACACAGCAGUACGCAUCCUCAAGCAGGAUUUGACCAAUGCAUUGAUGCAUUUAACCUGCAUGCAACUAUUAAUUUAAAGGGAUGGUCCGGGCUGAACGUAUUUAUAGAUUAAUAAAUAGAGUAGAAUUCACUGAGCAAAAUACCGACAAUUUCAUCGAAAUCGGAUAACAAAUAACAAAGUUAUUGAAUUUUUGUCUCGCCUGCAUAGCAGAGCGAGACUAUAGGUGCCCCUUUUCCGACGGCGACGCCGGCGGCGGCGUAAACAUCAAAUCUUAACCUAAGGUUAAGUUUUUGAAAUGACAUCAUAACUUAGAAAGUAUAUGGACCUAGUUCAUGAAACUUGGACAUAAGGUUAAUCAAGUAUAACUGAACAUCCUGCCUGAGUUUCAGGUCACAUGACCAAGGUCAAAGGUCAUUUAGGGUCAAUGAACUUAGACCAUGUUGGGAGAAUUAUUUUCAAAAUCUUAAUCGAAGGUUAAGUUUUUGAAAUGACAUCAUAACUUAGAAAAUAUAUGGACCUAGCUCAUGAAACUUGGGCAUAAGGUUAAUCAAGUAUUAGUGAACAUCCUGCUCGAGUUUCAGGUCACAUGACCAAGGUCAAAGGUCAUUUAGGGUCAAUGAACUUUGGUCAAGUUGGGGGUAUUUGUUAUAUUACUAUCAUAAGUAACUUUGAAAAUUUAUGGAUCUAGUUCAUGAAACUUAGACAUAAGGUUAAUCAAGUAUUAGUGAACAUCCUGCCUGAGUUUCAGGUCACAUGACCAAGGUCAAAGGUCAUUUAGGGUCAAUGAAUUUUGGCCAAGUUGGGGGUAUUUGUUGAAUUACCUUCAUAACUCUGAAAGUUUAUGGAUCUAUUUAAUAAAACUUUGGAUAUAAGAGUAAUCAAGUAUCACUGAACAUCCCCUGUGAGUUUCAGGUCACAAGGUCAAAGGUCAGUUAAGGUCAAUAAACUUAGGCCAUGUUGGGGUAAUUGUUGAAUUGCCAUCAUAACUUUGAAAGUUUAUGGAUAGAGUGAAUGAAAUGUGGACAUGGGUGUAGUUGACAAGUCUUAAGUCACCGUUCAAAUGUCAUCUAUGGUCAAUGAACGUGGUAUUAUAUGAAUGAUGUUUUUGUGAAUGAUUAUUUUAUAGUAGUUUUCAAAGUUAGCACUGCUGCUAUAUUAAAUCGCGUAAUGCAGGCGAGACUGCCAGAGGCGUUCCACUUGUUAAGUUUAGCAAUAUUUUGUGAAAACAGUUGUCAUGAAUAUUCAUCAGCCCACCUAAUGAAUAUUCAUGACGACUGUUAUCACCAGAUAUUGCUAAACUAUAAACUUCAAUAACUUUAUUAUUUGCUCAGUGAGUUCUACUCUAUGUAUUAAGAUAAAAAUGUUUUCAGCCCCGGACCAUCCCUUUAAGUACGACUCCCAAGUCAUUCUACAAUCUUUGUGAAACCCCCCCCCCCCUUCCCCGGUCUGAAAUAUUUUUUUGACAUACGUGAUUAUUUGACUUUAAUAGAGAAAGUUGCCUUGUGCAGACUUAACUGUAAAUUGUUUUUAGUACUGGUAAUUACAAAACAAAGCAAAUGAUAUACAGUGUAUAAUUAUUAUCACUUUACAUUCAAUAUGUUUCAUCACAAAUUCUAAUAAUCUUUUGUGUUUAACAUUUCUGAAUUAUAGAAAUUGAAGAAGAAGAAAAAACACAGAGACAUAAAGUCACCUGAAUAUAGGUCAAAGAAUAAAUAUGAUUUGUUCCUAUGAAUCCAUUCUUGCUUCUGAUGAAAGUGUCAAGUAUAGCUUCAUGUACAGUAUAUGCUGAUCAAUAUUUUUCAAAAAGUGCAGUUCAAUUGGAUAUGUUGAGUACUCCAGAAUAUUUAAACAAUUAGCAUUUUUGUUAAGUGUGAGUAAGUCAUUCAUAAUUAAAGGGGAAGUUUACCCUGACAAAAAGUUUAUUGUAAAAAUAGAAAAAAUGAUUUAAAAAAUAUUGCCGAAGGUUUGAGAAAUAUCCAUCAAAUAAUUAAAAACUAAUGAUGAUUUUAAUUAUUUGAUUUGUGAUGUCAUAUGUGAGCAGCAUUUCUACAUAGCGAAUGGUAAAAAAAAUCAAUGAAAUAUAAUUUUCUCAGAAAAUUGAAAAUGGUAUUCGCUGUACCUUUUUGUAUAUCAAUAGACAAAUAAUUUCACACUGGAUCAUGAAAAGAAAACAAAAAUAAGUCAUCAGGAACCAUUACAGAAAUGAAAUUAAUGCAUUUUAUAUUACAUAACAUAUGGGGCAGCUGCUCGUUUAUGACAUCACAAAUCCAAAAAUUAAAAUUCUAAUAACUUUUUUAAUCUUUAACGAAUUUUCCUCAAACCUUCACCAAUAUCUUUUAUUAUUUUUUCUGCAAUUUUUAUAACAAACUUUUCUUCAGGGUGAACUUCUGCUUUAAGUCAACUAUAUAAUUUAAGUCCUAUUCUGAAUAUAGAAUCAAUUUCAUGUAAUUCUUGUUAUUAAUUAGGAAAUCAUUCUAUUGAACAGUAAAAUUGAACCACUUCCAGAAGCAUAUGAAGUAACCUGUACUUUGCCUUUAACAAAUUUUAAUCAAUUGAGUCCCAUACUUAAGGUAUGUUCCAAGAAAUGGUAAUAUUUGUAAUUGACUUCAAAAUGUAAAUUUGCUUAAUCAGAUCAGCAUCAUCAGGGUCUCCCUCUCAUGUCCCUGAUCAGAUCUAUCUGUAAUAAUUAUUUUGUAAGAAUCGGACCAGCAAUAAAUUUCUUUUUCCUUUUUUUUCUUCAAAA